GAGCGUCCCAUCCCAUUCCAGCCAUCACUCAUCAGGGGAGUGGAGCUGUUGUGGAAGGAAGGAAGCAAGCAAGGAAGAAAGGCCGCACUUUUCCGUCACCUGCUCUCCUAAUCCAGAUUCCCUCCCCUUCCCCAGCGACGACUACUCCGGCGACUCAGAUCCUAACCCAUUGCUGGAAUCAGAUCCAAAUCCAAGUGCGGCGACUCAGAUCCAAGCUGUCCGCCCGCUACAUUCCGCUAGCACCUGCGUUUUCUGCUGCUUCCUCUCCACCACUACUCCGGCGAGGCGUGGCGGGGCGGCCGGCGGAGUGUCUGCACAGAGAUGGAGGUGGCUCUGGGCUCGGCGGCGUCGCUCGUCGGCAAGGUGUGGACGACGCUGUCCGACAGCCUGGUGGCGGCGUACGUGGACAGCCUCCAGCUCGGCCACAACUCGGAGCAGAUCAGGGACAAGCUGCUGCACGCGCAAGGCCUCCUGCUUAACGCCCAGGGGAGCCAUGUCGGCCACAACCCCAACCCUGGCCUGCAGGGUUUGCUGGAGAAGCUGAGCAAGGACGCCGACCAGGCAGAGGACCUGCUGGAUGAGCUCCACUACUUCCAGAUCCAUGACAGGCUCCACGGCACCACCUACGCCGCCAUCCAAGAGGCCGGCCCGGAUCUGAAGAGCGUUGUCCGCCAUCAAGCUCUCCACGCCGCUACUGCUCUUCGCCACACCCUCGGCAGCUUGGUCCCCUUCUUUUCUUACUCGCCUACACCCAAGAGCAAGAGGGAUGGUGGUGACUAUGCUGCUGCUGUUGCCGGCCGCGUCACCAAAAGGUCCAAAACCAACUCUGCUAGUGCUAGUGCUAGUGCUACUGCUGAUGGUGAUGAUAUGCUGCAUUUCGACAGAGUGCCCAUGUCCAGCAAGAUCAAGUCCCUGUUACAGAGCAUGCAGUCCCACUGUGAUUCCGUCUCCAAUUUGCUCAUCGGCACUAUCCCAAGCAGCUGCACGCCAGUCGUCCUACGUCGGCCUCAGACUGCUUCCAUGAUUAUACAAGAUACAUUCCAUGGCAGGGGAGACAUUUUUGAGGAAACUGUCAACCGUAUCACUACUGCCACAAACAUUGUUUCUGUACUUCCUAUAGUUGGUCCUGGGGGUAUUGGGAAGACAACUUUCACCACUCACCUCUACAAUGAUGCAAGGACUCAAGAACACUUCCAAGUCAGGGUCUGGGUAUGUGUAUCCACUGAUUUCGAUGUGCUUAAGCUCACCAGGGAGAUCCUUGGCUGCAUACCUGCAACUGAAGAAGAAAGAAACAGCGGUGUUGCAAAUGAAACAACCAAUUUAGACCAGCUUCAGAAAUCCAUAGCACAACGUAUCAAGUCCAAGAGGUUUCUGCUUGUCUUGGAUGAUAUAUGGAAAUGUGACAGUCAGGACCAGUGGAAAACCCUGUUAGCUCCGUUCACAGAGGGGGAAGCCAAAGGAAGCAUGGUACUUGUCACUACUCGAUUCCCAAAGAUAGCAGACAUGGUGAAAACAGUUGAUCCACUGGAGCUGCGAGGUUUGGAGCCUAAUGACUUCUUCACAUUCUUUGAAGCAUGUAUAUUUGGUGCAGACAACAAGCCCGAGCAUUAUGAAGAUGAGUUUGCUGGUAUUGCACGAAAAAUUGCAAACAAGCUAAAGGGUUCCCCGUUGGCAGCCAAAACAGUUGGUAGACUAUUGCAUAAGCACCUUUCUCGGGAACAUUGGAAUGGAGUUCUUGAAAAGCAUCAGUGGCUAAAGCAGCAAAAGAAUGACGAUAUCAUGCCAUCUUUGAAGAUUAGCUACGAUUGCCUCCCUUUUGUUCUGAAGAAAUGCUUUUCCUAUUUUGGCCUUUUCCCUGAAGAUUAUUGGUUUACUUCUUCAGAAAUCAAUCAUUUCUGGGUUGCAAUAGGCAUCAUAGACUCUAAUCACCAAGCUGAUAGGAACUACUUGGAAGAACUAAUGGACAAUGGUUUUCUCAUGAAGAAGAAAGGGUAUUAUUGGGAUGAUCGAUACCAACAACAGAAGGAAUUUGAUUGCUAUGUAAUGCAUGAUUUGAUGCAUGAGCUAUCUAAGAUUGUUUCUGCACAAGAUUGCCUCAAUAUAAGUGGCUUAGAUUUCAGAGCUGAUGCCAUCCCAAAAUAUAAGUGGCUUAGCCGCCUGAGUGAUCGUAGUGCGCCUACGCUCCUGGUUCACCUCUAGCCCAAGGUAAUACCGCAGCAACUAGAGGUCGCUCAUGCUGAAGAGGUGCUUCAUUUCCUUUUUGAAGUGCUCGGCACCAGUGAUAACAAGGUCGUCGACAUACACCCCAACGAUGAGCAGUGUGUCUCCGGUCCCACGCGCAUACACGUUGUGCUCGGAAAGAGAGAGGAGAGGAGCGCAUAUGCAUCGGGUGUGCUGGCGCCCAUGACUAAUGUGGCCAGGUUCAUUUCUUUUUCCCGCUGAAAAGGAGGGAGGGUGGGUGGUGCAAGUAAAAAAGGGCGAGCUUGCCAACAUGCGUCUCUAAAUGGGCCAAGCCCAACAAUGCGAACAGGCGGGCAAGUGACAUUCACCUACUUCAGAUAUUCUCUUUUUUCCAUGUACGUACAAUAGUGACCCA